AUGGCGAGACAGAAACACUACGCGGGUUGGAAUGUUCUGAGGAUGCGUGUGACGGCUGAAGUGACGCAGUUCGUCGAUGACGAUUUUGUUUUGGGGUUGGCCGUCGACGACCGGGUUUGUGGGUUGGUUCCGGCAAGUGAGUCGUCGAUUGAAGCGUUGGAGAAGGUGGAGAUUGAACAAGGAACAGGGGAGACGUGUAGCAUCUGUUUGGAAGAGCUCAUCGGUGGCGCGGCAGCCGCUCGCAUGCCAUGUAUGCACCUGUUUGAUCAAAACUGCAUCGUGAAUUGGCUGCACAGGAAUAAUUUUUGCCCGCUCUGUCGAUUCAAGUUGCCUGCCCGUGAAUGA